UCUGCUGGUGGGUUUUACUGCUGCCAAAACACGCCUGCCACGUGCACUUUUCCUCUAAACGCUCACUACCAUAGCACUAUGCCCGGCUUCUUGUAAGCGCACCAUGCGCUAUUUCAUCCCUGCGUAACGAAGAGCGCUGCAGUGCGCCUAAAGCUGAGGAGAAAGCGCGCACACUGCACCGUAGUUAUCACUGGGCUCUGCACCUAUCAAUGUCUCCCCUGCAUCUCAGGUGUGAACGACAGAGAGCUGCAUGUUGAGUAGCUGUGUUGUACCAAAGCCAGCUGACGACGAUCAACCAUCAGCGCGCGCUUCCCGGUGUGGCGAGGGGCGUGGCCUUUUUAAAUAUUCAUGAGGGGGCGGGGAAAACCCCCUCUCGCGCUCCGCCCCUCCCCCUCUCGCCGGAAGCGGCUGCGGGCGGAAAGGCGGGAAAAUUCGUUAUUACCCAAAACCCGCAUAAAUUCACCGAAAAUAGCGGCGGACCUGCCGAUAACAGCGGGGAAACAGCGCUGGAGGCACACGCUGCUGUUGCCUGUGGUCGUUUCCUCCCUCCGGCGCCUCUGUGGCCACAUUUGGCUGCCGAAUCGAAACUCGCGGGUUUUUAGUGCUCGCCGACAUUUGCGCUCCCGCCUGAGGCUCCCAAACACGGCAGUGCUGUCUGUACACACCAAAUAACUAGCGGCAUUUGGCCGACAUAAGGCCUUAAAGGGUUGAGUUUGAGUAGUAAGAAUUAUAAAAUGGUGGUUUGGGGUUUUUUUCCCCCUCAGGGUUGCGGCGUUUGGUGACCCCGCAGCCCCAUCUGCUGCUGCUCCCUCAGAGCUCCCUGAGGGCGCCCGGCCGGGGCUUUGUGGAGAGGGAUUCUCCUGAGGUAAAAAGCGGCUGAUAAAUUGUUUUAUUGUGGAUUAAGCAGUUCUCCAAACACUGGUGGCCCAGCAGCAGAUGGAGAUGCACAGCCCUGCUCUGGCUCAGCUGCCUCAGAAAUAAAAAAAAAAAUAAAACGUUAAGUCAAAGAGGAAGCAAAUGGGAGCAUUCAGGAAAGGCUUUAAAAGUGGUUGUUUGCACUCAUUUUUAUUUACAUUAAUUUUAUCUAGCUCUGCUCUGCAUUAAAACAGUGAUAAUUAAUUUAGCCUCGACCAGAUUGGACAGAAACAAAUAUUGGACAAAUCCUUUCCAAAAAACCUCGCUGGUGGCAAAGUGUUUUUCCUUCCUCAACUGGAGAAAAAAGGUUAGGUUUAUGGGAACACCAAAACAAUGACCUCGGGCUGCACCUCGGUCCCCAGGAGGAAGCAGAGGAAGAGGAGGAGGAGGAGCCGCUGCGGCCGCAGCUCGGGCAGGGAUUCCCCGGCUCUGUCAGCGCUGGGAGAUUUCCAAAUCCUUCCCUUAGAGAUCUUCCAAAUGGUGCUGAAUUAUCUCUCUGUGAGGGACAUCAGCAGGCUGAGCAUGGUGUCCAAAACCAUCAGUGGCCGCCUGAUCCAUUACAUCUCCACCUCAUCAGGGAGCCGCCGGCUGCUGCUGCAGGACUUCCACAGCCCCCAGCUCCCUGCCAGGAGAGAGGGAGCCUCCAUCCUGGAGCACUACAAAUCCCUAGGGCUGCUGCUCAAGAGGUGCACCCUGCUGCUGCCCACCAGGGACAGGCUCAAAUAUGUGCACAAGGUGCUCUCAGGGCCAAGAGCUCUGGAGGUCCCAGCCUCACACCCUCCCUUUCAGAUCCUGACUGCAGGCUGGGAUGAGCUCGAGUGCCACCGGGUCUUCAACUUCCUCUGGGACCUCAGCAAUUUAGCCAGGAAAGUGCAGACAGUGGUCAGCAGCAAACCGGGCAGCGCCCGCCGGCUGGAGCUGCGGAUCCGCCUCUUCUGCCGGGCCGUGCUGCUGUCCGGGAGCCGCCGCGGCGACUCCGCCUUCUGGCUGACGCGGAUCCUCAAACCCUGGCCCAUGGUCAACCAGGCCCGCCUGCUCUACCUCAUCUUCGGGCCCGUGUCCUCCCGCGACGGACAUGUGGUCUGGCAGAAAAUGAUAGAAGGACCAACAGAUGAGACCAGUCUGAAGGGUUUAGCUGAUGCAAUUAAGCUGCUGUAUGGUACAGAAGCUAGAGAAUGGACAGCAGAUGAUGUUAUCAGUCUUGUGGAUGAGCUGUCAGUGGUUCCCCAGCAGUGGCUGAUGGAGAACAACGCUCGCCUCCUCCUCCUCAGUGGCAACAGCAUCUGCUUCACCUUCAUGGCCAGCAAAGCUGUGAAUGGCAGAGCUGUGGAGCUGGCCAGGCUCAUGGUCUUCAUGGUUCUGGUGUGUGAGAAGGACCUGUACUGCAUGGACUGGGCAGUGAAGAUGAUGCAGAAGGUCUGCAAUGUUUUCAGCACUCCCUGGGAGAGAAACAACUUCCUGCAGUGCCUGGAGAACUCCUUUGCUCGCAUGCUGAUGGACCUGCUGCAGGCAGUGCUGGCUGGUGAGCGGGAUGAGGAGGACAGCAGCUUCCUGAACCUCUUCCACCUGAUGAAUGCUCAGGCCAACUUCCACAAGGAAAUCCUCUACAUGGCCAUGGGCAGCACCAGCAGCACCCCCUGAGCUCCACAGCCCCUCCUCUGCUCCUUCCUUCUCUUUGAACAUUUGCAAAGAAAUCUCUGAUUAUUUCUCAAAUUCCCAUCCCAGUAAGAGCUGGGGUGGCAGAAGUUUGGCUCAGCCCAGUGAGCUCAUGCAGGGCUUGGGGAGUGAAUUCCAUUCCUUGUGCUCUGCUCCUCCAGGGAAUUGGGCUGGGGCCUCUCCUUUGGGAACUCCAGCUGCAUUCUUUUCCCACUCUGCAUUAAAAUGACAUGGUUUCCACAGCUGAUGUGCAGACACCAGCUGAAGCUGUGUUAUCUUAGCCCAGAACCCAAAACAUUCUGAGCUCUGAAGUUUGUUUUCUCUUGGGAAUUGGAGGAGAAAGGGAGGGAUGGGAUUUGAGGAGCUGCAUUUUUCCAGCUUGCCAAGGCUAACCCGGGCUCUGGGACAGAAAUGCUCCAUGGUUUGUACAUUCAGCUUUAGGGAAAGGUGAUAUCUGGAAGCAAUUCCAGUGCUUUGUUCAAGCAAGGCGUUUUUCCCUCUCAAUCUCCAGGUUUUUAUAAAGCCAAAGAAAAUUCAAAUCUCUCCCCCUGCCCCAGGUAGCAACUGUUGGAGUGUUUUAGGAUUUAGCCAAGUUGAAGGCACCCAUUAAACACAUUCAAUUAGAACACUGGUUCAUUACGUGGAUAAAUGUUUGCUGCUCAGAGAAGGGUUUGAUUUUCUGCUCUGUUACCUUCCACACAAACCCCUGUGCUGGCAAUAAAAGGCACUCACACUCUCUGUGCUGUUUGCAACCUCCAGCUUCCUGCAGAGCCACUUUCCCACCCAAAUAUUCCCUUUCCAAACCUCUCAGCCUUCCUCCAGCACCAGCUUUUCCCACAUUUAGCUCGGCAAGUGAGGGACCAGAUUUAUCUCAGCUGCUCCCACCUGCUCCCAGCAGCAGCAACCUGGGAAUUGCUCUGAAAUCCACAAUUCCAGGGACAUCCCUCAGCAGCAGGUCUGUGCCAGCAGAUGGCAGAGGUGAAACCUUCCCUGAGCGUUUCCCUGCUGGAGAAAGCCAGGAACAU